AUGCCUGCGGACGCCUACGGCCAGUACGUCGAUAUCAAGAUCGAAGAUGGCAUGAAGUAUGAUCUGCGCAUCGAAAACGCCCACCUUGACAGCGGGCAAUUCUAUCGGCAGGGAGACCAAGGAGAUAUCAUGACAGCCGACGACAUUGACGAUAUGAUCAUCCGGCACAACGGCGGGAUCAGAGAAGUCUGUUCCUGUGGUGAAACCGACUCUAUGUCGGGAACUCAAGGCACAAUCGACCUCAUCGAUGAUGUGAAGGACACCCGGAUCUGCACACUGGCAUGGAGCGCCCCGAUGCAGUCGGGAAGAAAGAAUAGAUUCUCGAUGCUCAAUCAUGACCCGAGAUAUAAAGUCGAUAUCGGAAAAUGGCAAGAGUCCGGUACCAUGGGCACGGUCAAUGUUGCCAUAAAAGAUGAGUGA